CGUAUAUUAUAGGUACAUAUAUACGUUUGCGUUUAGUGCCGAAAAGUAUAAGGCCGUGAAAGGAAUAUCUAUACAGAUCCCGCAUAUUAUACCUGUGCGUAUUAUUUACACACGUACUCCAGUUUUCUAAGCAUCUCGUUUCUCGCUCCUGCAUCAGUAUAUAUUAUAGAGGGAGGGAGACCGGUUUCUGCAUAGGUAUACAAAUACAAGCCCGAACGACGUAAGAGAGAGAAAGAGUCGAAAGGAAAAGAAACGAAUUUUUGUUUGUUGUGUCUAUCGAUAGCUGGCUGCAGCAUAAAAAAUCGAGCCAGUGAGUGAAUAAGCGUGUCGUCUAUGUGUUUGUUUGUGUAAUCGUGUUGUAUUACAGUGAAGCUGCAGACAGGCAGGCGAGGGCGUCGACGAGUUGGCAGGAGAAAAAUGCCAUCGUAAUAAUUCAGCGCGACACGGAGUGCAGAGAGCAGAAGCCAUCGAGCAUCUUUGUGCACCGUAUAUAAUAAAAGCAGCAGCAGUGCGCUUGUGUUUUCAACGCAUAGAUGUGCGUGCACGUAAAGCGCAGUAGCGCACGCUGAUUGCUCUUUGCUGCAUACGAAAACUGCACGUACGCGAGCGACCACUGGCUCAUCUUACUCUCCUCCAUACGUGAUAUAUUCCCACGGAAAUACAAUGUCAAGAAAAGACAAUAAAGGACUGGUGCACCACCAAUUAUCCUCUGUUUUGCCAGAUGAUAGACCUAUUACAGCAAUAAAUAUUAUUGAAGAUAUAGACAAAUGUCCAAAAAAUUUUACUGUCGUGACAAAAACAUAUGAUUUGGAUGCAGAUGCUGAUUUAUGGCGUGAAAGUGGUUUAUUUAUUAAAAAAAAAUCAAGAUAUAUCUGUUUUUCUAAGACUGAAGGACUGCCACAUUCUAUUGUAGAAAGAAUAUCUAUAGUAGAUGAGAGAGAACCACCUCCUGAUGGAUUUAGUAUGAUUUCUCAUACUGUAGACUCUAUGCAAAAAGCAUGGCGCAAGAGGCAGCUAUGUUACAAAAUUAGAAAUAAAGACUUAUGUGCAAGCGCUGUUUCUGAUAUAAUUCUUUGCAGUAAACUUGGAAAAGGAACAAAAAUGGCUCCUGAUGAAUUUACAUUUGCAGGGAUUAUCAAUGGUCUUUAUGUGUGUUAUAAAACAGUGCCCGUAGUAAAUAGUGCUUUAUCGGCGCAGCCAUAUGCUAAUAUAGAAUUAUUUCAAGCUAAGUCUCCUACGUUAUCAAAUGGAACUCCACAUAGAGUGGCACCAGAAAGGCCACCAAAACCAAAGUAUACGCCAAAAUCAUCAAAUGGACAAAAAUCGACUAGUCCUAUCAGGCCUGGUAAACAAGUGAGUGAAGAAAAUGAACAAGACUAUGAAAUUUUAAGUCCCAUCUCAAGUCCAAACUUGAGGCCAACAAGACCAGCACCAAGACCUCCACCUUUGAAGGCAGCCCCAGUCCAUUAUGUUCCCACAAUAUAUGGAACUUUAUCAGGAUCUUCAGAACUCGAUGGAGUACCUUUUAUUCUUAAUCCUCUUCUAAGCACAAAUUCGAAUUCUGUACUACAUAGCCAGCUUCCUGUGAUUAGAGUUCGAACUUUGCAGGAGUUAGAAAAAGAAUAUUCCUACGACUUUCGAACUGAGAGAGCUACAUGAUUAGAGUUUUAUUGUGCCAAACGAUUUUCUUGACUAUAAAGUAUUUGGCUACAAUUCGUAAAAGCGCUUCAAUUAACGUAACUGUGGCCAUGAGUAAAAGAGUGCCUGAAUGAGUGUAUUAAGAUAUGAUUAUUCAAUCAAAAAAUGAUGAAUCAAAGUCUGUUGUUAAUAUGAAAAAGAGUAUAGAUGAACUUUUAUACUCACAAGUGAUACGCGAAGUGUGUUAAAUUUAAAAAUUUUGGUACCCAUACUUGUAUUUUUAUAGACUUGUGUUAUCACUUUAUUGUUUGUAGAAAUUUAUAAAACGUAUCAACCUGUAUAUUAUAUUCUAGUUUGUCAUGUUGGUAUUAAAAUAUUUAAUACCUUUCAUAUAAUGCAUUACGACAAGAGCUUAAAAGUAAUAAAGAGAACUUUUUGAUACAA